AACAACUGCUUCUGCAUUGCCUAUGCUUUUGAUUCGGGUGCAGGCUGUAUGUCAUGGUCUGGGGAUUUGGUGGACACCCAAACUCUAUCAGUUGGAGGGGUAGAUCUUUAUCUUCGACUAGAGCAUUCUGAGCUAGCUGAAAGCAAGAAAAAAGUAAUAGUUAAGGCAGUAACGAUAAGUUUAGCAGGAGUCAUAUUUUUUUUGACCAUAUAUUGUCUUUUGUGGAGGAAAGCUAAAGAAAGAGGAAAAAAACAACUCAAGAAGAAGACAUUAAAAGACAUAUUUGGAGGCAAUAUUAGUCCAGAUAAGUUAGAAGAGCUUCCUCUAUUUGAUAUCAAAAGACUGCAGAUUGCAACUAACUAUUUCCAUGAGAGCAAUCAGCUUGGACAAGGUGGUUUUGGUUCAGUCUACAAGGGAACAUUAGAAGAUGGACAAGACAUUGCUGUUAAGAGGCUAUCACGAGCUUCAGGCCAGGGAACUGAAGAGUUCGUGAAUGAGGUGAACGUUAUAUCUAAACUUCAACAUAGAAACCUAGUAAAACUUAUGGGUUGUUGUGUGGAAGGUGAAGAGAAAAUGUUGGUCUAUGAAUACAUGCCUAACAAGAGUUUGGAUGCGAUUCUGUUUGAUGAACAAAAGCAAGAAAAUCUCCCUUGGGAAAACCGAUUCAACAUUAUCGAUGGUAUAUGUCGAGGCCUUCUCUACCUCCAUAGAGACUCUAGGUUGAGAAUAAUUCACAGAGAUCUCAAAACAAGCAACAUCCUACUCGAUGAAAAUCUAAAUCCAAAAAUUUCAGACUUUGGCAUGGCAAGAAUUUUUGUAGGAAAUGUAGAUCAAGCUGACACAAGAAGGGUAGUCGGAACCUAUGGAUAUAUGCCUCCUGAGUACGCGAUGGAAGGGAAGUUUUCCGAAAAAACUGAUGUGUUCAGCUUUGGAGUGAUACUGUUAGAGAUCAUCAGUGGCAUUAAAAGCAAUCAUUUCUGGCAUCCUGAUGAGUCCUUGACACUCCUCGGAUAUGCUUGGAAACUUUGGAAAGAAGGAAAUAUUGAUCCGUUAAUCGACAAAAUGAUAAAUGAACCUCGCUUCAAAGACCAAAUACUGACUUGUGUUAAAGUAGGACUUCUGUGUGUUCAGGAAUUGGCAAAAGACAGGCCUAACAUCUCUGCUGUCAUCCCCAUGCUCACAAAUCAUGCAGAAAAUCUUCCAGAUCCUAGAAAGCCCGCUUUUAUAACAAGGCAGGAUGAUUAUUCUGAGAUUAACUCCUCUCUUAAGAGCUAUGAGGCUUCGUCCAUUAAUGAUGUUUCUAUUACUAUUAUUAGCAGUGGGCGCUCAAACUUCCAACUCUCUGCUGCAACUACAACUGUGCUCGCCUUGUUAUUAUUUCUUUGCUGCCUGCUACAAUGGAAGAAGUGUAAUGGUAAAGGAAAACCUCCCAUGCCAUCAGGUUCAUGGCCUGUUAUUGGCCAUCUUCAUCUACUAGGAGAGCUUCCUCACAUAGCCUUAGGUAAAUUAGCGGAUAAAUAUGGUCCAAUCUUCAUGAUUAAGCUUGGUGUCCGCCAAGCCUUAGUUGUAAGCACGGCAGAGAUGGCAAAAGAGUGCUUAGGAGGCAUCAACGACAAGGUAUUCUUAAACAGGCCCCAGACAAUUUUUGUAGAGAGAAUGGGUUACAACUCUGCCAACUUUGGAUUCAGCCAAUAUGGCCAAUACUGGCGUGAGAUUCGGAAACUAGCCACCAUUGAACUCCUGUCCAAUCAUCAGACAGAAAUGUUCAAAAGUGUUAGAAUCUCAGAAAUAAGAUCAGCAAUGAAGAUAAUUUCGGCUCGUGGCUCUGAAUUUAUAGACAUGAAACAAUGGUUUAAGGAUAUAAGCAUGAAUACUAUAGUAAGGUUAAUAUCUGGAAAGCCAUUAAAGGAAUUCUACCAAGGUGAGCAAUAUGAUCAGUGUGCAAACACAUUCAGGGAUUUAGUUGAAUUAGCAGGAGCUUUCAUCCCUGCCGAUUCGCUUCCUUUUUUAAGGUGGUUAGAUAUUGGAGGAUACGAGAGAAAGAUGAAGAAGGUUGCUGAAAAGAUCGAUCAUAUAGCCGAAGAGUGGUUGGCUGAACACAAAAAGAGAAAAGUAUGCAAAGAGACUCGAACAAGGUAUGAUUUUAUGGAAGUAAUGCUUGGUAUAUAUGAGACAGAACAGAAAAAUCCUUCAAAUUUUGAUGCAGAUACAGUCAUCAAAGCUACAUGUAUGGCAUUGAUUUUAGCGGGAGCAGACACCACAGCAGUAACCCUAACAUGGGCACUAUCAUUGCUACUAAACAACAAAGAUGUGUUGAAGAAGACUCAAGCUGAACUAGAUGCUAUGGUCGGUAAAGAACGACAGGUGGAGGAAUCAGAUCUCAAGAAUUUAGUCUACUUGCAAGCAGUUCUUAAAGAGACUUUAAGACUCUACCCUGCAGCGCCUCUAUCAGUCCCCCGAGAAGCCAUUGCAGACUGCACUGUGAGUGGUUACCAUAUCCCAGCUGGCACUGAACUCUUUGUUAAUCUUUACAAAAUUCACAGAGAUCCAAAAGUGUGGCAAGAUCCUUCUGAGUUCCGUCCAGAAAGGUUUCUUAUAACUAGUAAAGAUUACGAUGAGAGAGGGCAAACUUUUGAAUUUAUGCCUUUUGGAAGUGGUAGGAGGAUUUGUCCUGGUAUAUCGCUUGCACAUCGGGUCAUGCAGUUUACACUAGCUAAUUUACUCCAUGGAUUUGAGGUCUCAACUCCAUCAGGGACUAUUAGGAAAAUAUUUACACAAUAUUUUCCUAGUAGGGUCAUAGUUGCCUUCCUAAAAGGAAAAAGAGAUAAUUCAGUUUAUACAGAUGGUUUGAGCAUGCUGAACUGCAAUCCAUGUAGCCAGACAGUGUUUUGCUAUGCUAAUUCGGUAUCCCCGGCCGCAAUUACACCGGAAAAGGUACCAGCAGAAUUUGACAUUCUAGUAGUGCUACCCGAUGUACUUGCUUCCUUUCUCUUUAUUGCCAUGGAGAAUGAUGAAUGUGGCGAAUUGCGCAAACUUUACAGAGGCAGAGGGAUUAGGGCACAUCAGAAAUUAGCAUACAAUUAUGCACAGUUGGUUAAGGCAGUGAAUGCAGCAUUUGAGAGUCUACAACCAAAUGCAUUGAAGUUUGUAUGGAUCACUUUACAAGCAUGUAAAGUUGAGGUUAUUAAGAACUUAGGUGGUAUAGACUAUCACAUUCCACAUAUGAACAAAACAAAGCUUGCAAGGGAAAGGAGACUUCCACAUUAUUUGGGGGUACGAAGGGAAAUUAUUUACGAGGCACUUUGUUAUUUGGACAAAAAGGUGGAUCAAACAGCAAACCCUCUUAGAGACGAAUACAAUGAUAGUAUAGUUUCCAGCAACAGCAUUUUCAAGCUGGGAUUCUUCAGCCCUCCAAACACAACGAAUCGAUAUGUAGGCAUCUGGUACAACAAAUUACCUGCUCUUGAUGUCAUCUGGGUGGCUAACCGGAUGCACCCGCUUAAAGAUUCUUCUGGAGUUGUUCAAUUCUCCGGUGAUGGAAAUCUUCAACUACUUGAUGGGCUGAAUGAAACAGUCUGGUCAUCCGUUGUUACUUCCUUGCAAGGAAAUACUCGUAAUGCUUCGAUGGUUGCUCGACUGCUCGAUAGUGGGAAUCUUGUUUUGCUGCAAGGCAGUGGUCCACCAUUAUGGCAGAGCUCCGAACACCCGACUGAUAGAAUCGUGCCAAGUUUGCCUCUAACUACCAUAGGUUCAAAAGAUAUGAGGAAGCUUCUGAUCUCGUGGAAGAACCUUUCGAAUCCUGCUUAUGGGAGGUAUACCUUAGGUUUCGACUCUUACACCCUACCAGAACUCAUACUUUUAGAUGGGGAUGUCCCUCGAUGGAGAAGUGGUCCUUGGAACGGAAAUCUAUGCAUCGGGAUCCCAUACAAUAAUUCUGACAAUCCCGAUUCUGGAUUCUCCCUUCAGACUGACAGAAAAAGUGCAAUUUCUGUAACAUACACCUACUCACACUCAACCUUGUUGUCAAACUAUGAACUCCGUUAUGACGGGAUGCUUUUCAGGAAAAUAUGGUUUGAUGACCAACAAAAAUGGGUGACUCAGUGGAAAGUCCCUGAAACAGAAUGUGAUCUGUUUGGGAAAUGUGGGGUUUUUGGUAUCUGCAAUCCCAGUAAUCCAGUGAUUUGUGAGUGUCAGAAGGGGUUUCGACCCAAGAACGAGGAGGCUUGGAAGAAAGGAAACUGGAGCAGCGGGUGUGUGAGGAGUAAACCACUGCAGUGCGGUGUUAGAGGUGGUAUACCAGACAAGUUUUACAGGUCAAGCAAUGUUAAAAAUCCAGCCAAAGCUCAUUGGUCAUUGGGGUUGGAUCAAGAUCAAUGUAGAGAUCAGUGUAGAAAGAACUGUUCUUGCAUCGCGUAUGCAUUUGAUUCGGGUGCAGGCUGUAUGUCGUGGUACGAGGAUUUGGUGGACACCCUAACUCUAUCUGUUGGAGGGGUAGAACUUUAUAUUCGACUUCAACAUUCUGAGCUAGAUAAAAGCAGGAAAAAAAUAAUAGUCAAGGCAAUAACAAUAAGUUUAGCAGGAGCCGUAGUUCUUUUGACCAUAUGUUAUCUGUGCUGGAAGAUAGCUAAAGAAAGAGGAAAAAAGCUACUCAAGAAGAAGACAUUAAAAGACAUAUUUGGAGGUGAUAUUACUCCAGAAAAGUUUGAAGAGCUUCCGCUAUUUGAGAUCGAAAGACUGCAGAUCGCUACGAACUUUUUCCAUGAGAGCAAUCAACUAGGAAGGGGUGGGUUUGGUUCAGUCUACAAGGGGAAAUUAGAAAAUGGACAAGAUAUUGCGGUUAAGAGACUUUCACAAGCUUCGAAUCAAGGCACUGAAGAGUUCGUGAAUGAGGUGAACGUUAUAUCUAAACUUCAACAUAGAAACCUUGUCAAACUUAUGGGUUGUUGUGUGGAAGACGAAGAGAAAAUGUUGGUCUACGAAUACAUGCCUAACAAGAGUUUGGAUGCGAUUCUUUUUGAUGAACAAAAGCGAGAAAUUCUCCCUUGGGCAAACCGAUUCAAUAUUAUCGAUGGUAUAUGUCGAGGCCUUCUCUACCUCCAUAGGGACUCCAGGUUGAGAAUAAUUCACAGAGAUCUCAAAACAAGCAACAUCCUGCUCGAUGAAAAUCUGAAUCCAAAAAUUUCAGACUUUGGCAUGGCAAGAAUUCUUGUAGGAAAUGAAUAUCACGCUGACACAAGAAGGGUAGUCGGAACUUAUGGAUAUAUGCCUCCCGAGUAUGCGAUGGCAGGGAAGUUUUCAGAAAAAACCGAUGUGUUCAGCUUUGGAGUAUUGAUGUUAGAGAUCAUAAGUGGCAUUAGAAACAGUGAAUUCUGGCAUCCAGAGGAGUCCUUGACACUACUGGGUUAUGCUUGGAAGGUUUUAAAAGAAGGAAAUAUUGAUCUAUUAAUUGACAAAACGAUAAAUGAACCAGGCUUCAAAGAUCAGAUACUGACUUGUGUCAAAGUAGGACUUCUGUGCGUGCAAGAAUCAGCAAAAGACCGGCCUAGCAUAUCUGCUGUCAUACCCAUGCUCACAGAUCAUGCAGAAAAUCUUCCAGAUCCAAGAAAGCCCGCGUUUAUAACAAAGCAGGAAAUUUGUUCUGAGAUUAGCGCCUCUCAUAUGAGCUUUGAGGCUUCUUCCAUUAAUGAUGUCUCUAUUACUAUUAUCACCAGUGGCUGGUAGCUGUAAUUCACCCCU